GGUGGCAGGGAGCGGACUGUUCCAUCCCGUGCCCGAGUGGCACUUGGGGCCUCAACUGCAACCAGUCGUGUUUCUGUGCCAACGGAGCAGCCUGCAACCCCGUGGACGGAUUCUGCCUCUGCUCACCUGGGUGGCAAGGAGAUUUCUGCGACCAGCCCUGCCCUGAGGGGACGUAUGGCCUAAACUGCAGCGAGCGCUGUGACUGCAGCCACGCGGAUGGGUGCGAUCCGGUGACGGGCCAUUGCUGCUGCCUCGCUGGGUGGACAGGUAUCCACUGCGAUAGCAUCUGUCCGCAGGGUCGCUGGGGACCGAACUGCUCCAUCCCCUGCAACUGUGAGAAUGGAGGAUCCUGCUUCCCAGAGGAUGGCACUUGCGAAUGCGCGCCCGGUUACCGAGGGCCCAUGUGUCAGAGAAUUUGCCCGCCUGGCUUCUACGGGCAUCACUGCAGCCAGCCGUGCCCUCAGUGUAUCCACAGCACCGUCCCGUGCCAUUACGUUACUGGGCACUGCGACUGCCUGCCGGGGUUUUUCGGCCCGCUCUGCAACCAAGUGUGUCCCAGCGGGAGAUACGGGAAGGACUGCGCUGAAGUCUGUUUGUGCACCAAUAACGGGACGUGUAACCCCGUCGACGGAUCGUGCCAGUGCUUCCCGGGCUGGAUAGGAAAAGACUGUUCGCAGACUUGCCCAGUUGGCUUCUGGGGUGCUGAUUGUUUUCACACCUGCAGCUGCCACAACAGCGCGACCUGUAGCCCCUAUGACGGCGAAUGCAGGUGCACCCCUGGCUGGACGGGACCUUAUUGUACACAAAGAUGCCCCCCUGCCUUCUACGGUGCCAGCUGCGCCAACGUCUGCCAGUGCCAGAACGGAGCAGAUUGUGACCAUGUUUCUGGGCAGUGCACCUGCCGGACUGGGUUUACUGGGAAGCACUGUGAGCAAAAGUGUCCCCCGGGAACGUUCGGCUAUGGCUGCCAGCAGCUGUGCGAGUGCAUGAACAACGCCACCUGCGACUACGUGACGGGCACCUGUUACUGCAGCCCGGGCUUCAAAGGCAUUCGGUGUGAUCAAGCGGCCCUCAUGAUGGAAGAAUUAAACCCCUACACUAAAAUUAGCCCUGCGCUUGGAGCCGAGAGGCAUUCGGUCGGAGCAAUCAUCGGGAUUAUUCUCCUCCUCCUAAUUAUUAUGGUCUUGCUGGCACUGUUUGUGUGGUAUCGGCGGAAGCAGAAGGAGAAAGGCCACGACAUGCCGAGCGUCUCGUACACGCCCGCCAUGCGGAUGACAAACACCGAUUACUCACUUUCUGGUGCUUGUGGGAUGAAUAGACGUCAGAACACAUACAUUAUGGAAAAAAGCUUCAAAGACUAUAUGAAGGAAUCGGCCUGCAGCUCCAGCACUUGUUCCCUCAACAGCAGCGAAAACCCUUACGCCACCAUCAAAGACCCCCCCAUCUUGAUUUGCAAACACUCCGAGGGCAGCUAUGUGGAAAUGAAAUCCCCCGCCCACCGGGACUCAUCCUUUUCGGACACGCCGGCCUUGUCGACGGCCAACAAAAACAUUUACGAAGUUGAGCCCACCAUCAGCGUGGUCCACGAGGCCCGCGUCCGGACCACCGGCUACGUCCACGGCCCCUACGACCUGCCCCGAAACAGUCACAUCCCUUCUCAUUACGACAUCCUUCCGGCAAGACACAGCCCGACACACGGGACGCUUUGGGAGAAGCCGUCUUAA